UAUGGAAGAAAUACGAAAACUUGAGUAUCUUUCCCUGGUCUCAAAAAUAUGUACUGAAUUAGAGAAUCAUUUGGGAAUUAACGACAAGGACUUAGCUGAAUUCAUAAUUGAUUUGGCUAGGAAAAAUGAAUCUUUUGAAGCAUUUAGAAAAGCCUUGUUACAAAAUGGAGCUGAAUUUACUGAUUCCUUCAUGUCAAAUUUACUCCGAAUUAUUCAACAAAUGAAACCUUCCUCCACGUUGUUCGACGAUAUUGAAGAUGAGGACUGCAAAACAAAUUCUGAACUGCAGAAGCAGAGAGAAAGAUUUCCAUGUUUAUCUUUGCCAAAUAAUGACAAUGUUAGGAAUAUGUUAAAGGAUGAAGAUGAAAUUGUGUUAGAUGAUGAAGAUGAACUCAUAGUUGCUGAUGCUUUAGCUCUGUUUGAAGCAAGAGCACCUGGCAAAAAGAGCAAAGAAUCUCCUAUUCAUGUGAAAAGUAAAAAAGAACACAAACAUAAAAAAUCAAAAAGUUCUGACCUUAAGAGAAAGCAUUCCAGGGAGAGACACAAAAGAAGAAGUUCCAGAUCUAGAUCACGUUCACAUUCUCCUUCAAAGAAAAAGGUGUAUAGGUAUUCUAGGUCUAGAUCACGUUCAUAUUCACCUUCAAAGAAAAAGGUGUAUAGAUAUUCUAGGUCUAGAUCACGUUCACCUUCAAAGAAAAAGGUUCAUAGAUACUCUAGAUCUAGAUCACGUUCAUAUUCACCAUCAAAGAAAAAGAUGUAUAGAUAUUCUAGGUCUAGAUCUCGAUCCCCCAAAAAGGAAAUGAAAAAGAGGCAUUGGUCAAGAUCAAUUUCACCACAAGACCAGAAGAGGCACUAUGACUCAGACAAGCAUCGGUACAAUGACAAGCGAAAGGAAAAGGAAAAGCCAGAACCUCUACCCUUAGAACCUGUGGUUGGAAAAAUAUAUAAUGGCAAAGUCACAAAUAUAAUGCAGUUUGGAUGCUUUGUUCAGUUAGAAAGUCUGAGGAAACGUUGGGAGGGUCUGGUUCAUAUAUCACAGCUUCGACGGGAAGGUAGAGUGACAAGUGUUGGUGAUGUUGUACAAAAGGGCCAAAGAGUUAAAGUGAAAGUUCUGUCAUUCACUGGACAGAAAACAAGUUUGUCGAUGAAAGAUGUUGAUCAAUACUCAGGAGAGGAUUUAAAUCCAUCUGUUGUCUGCAAAACUGAGCCAUCUAGAAAAUUAGCUCAAGAUAUUUUGAGAAAUCCUGAUAGGCCAUCAAGCUUUCCACUAAUUUCCAAAGUAGAUGACAGUAAUGUGGACACAAGAAGACAUGUUCAACGCAUUUCGUCUCCAGAAAGGUGGGAAAUAAAACAAAUGCUUGCAGCCAAUUGUAUUGAUCAAUCUGAAUUGCCUGAUUUUGAUGAAACUACUGGCUUACUACCUAAAGAUGAAGAUGACGAUGAAGACAUAGAAAAUAGAAUUAGUAGAGGAUGAACCUGCAUUUUUAACUGGGCAUGGUCGGGCAAACAUGCAAGAUUUAAGUCCUGUUAGAAUUAUGAAG